AUGCCGGAUGGUGAAUAUCGGACUAAAUAUUCCGCGGCACAAAAGAUGCAAUUGCUAAAAUCACAACAAGCAAAAUUGGAAAUUCGAGCAAUGCCAGCACAUUCACAAUUAAAACUUAAAGUAUCAUUAGCAUCAACUGGUAGCAGUAUCGCUAUUCCACGAUCGCCAUCACAUAAAAGUGAUGCGCAGCUUCCGAUAUCGAAAGAUGAGGAAGAAAAUGCACUGAAAUGGAAACAUCGAACGAAAUACAUUUAUGAAGCUGAACGCAUUUCAAUGUUAAUUUAA